GGUCGAUGAAACAGACGCUCCAAAUUCAAUCAAGGAUUCAAUCUUUUUCGUACACAACUUGUUUUUGUGGUGAGAUCGUGGUUUAUUUGGGCUUCAUUAGCUACUAGUAUAUUUAGACUUUUCAGAACAAGUAUGACGACUCCAGGAUUCCAUCGCCACAGGCCUGUGAUCGCCAGGAAUGGAGGGCCGGUACCGGUGAGGGUCGCUGUGAGACUAAGGCCCUUCCUGGACAAAGAUCAGCAGGAGAAGGGUAGCACCGUGCGGGGGCUCGGGGAGAGAGCACUGGAGAUCUGCAACUGGAGAAACGAGCAGGAAUCUCUCAAAUAUGAAUUUGAUGCAUUCUAUGAUGAAGACACAAGUCAGGACAAGAUAUUCAAGUCAUCUGUCCAGAACCUGUUGGAACACACACUUCAUGGCCAGAAUGCAAGUGUGUUUGCCUAUGGACCAACAGGAGCAGGGAAGACUCACACCAUGGUAGGGACCUCGGAAGAUCCAGGUAUCAUCCCUCGGAGUGUAUAUGGAGUGCUGAAUGCUGUUGCCAAGGAGAGAGGGUCAGAAGAUGGAGAGUGGACAUACACCAUUGGUAUCUCCUACCUGGAGAUAUACCAGGAGAAGGUGUAUGACCUCCUUGAGACAAAGAACCAUGAUCUGCAGAUACGAGAAGACAGAGACAGGAAUAUCUUCAUACCUGGAUUGUCUGAGAAAACCAUCACUGACUUCCAGCAGUUUGAGAAACAUUUUGUGCCAGCUAGCCAGAACAGGACCACGGCAUCUACCAAGUUGAACAGUAGAUCCAGUAGAAGUCACUCCAUACUACUGCUGAAGGUGGUGAAGACACAGCAGGUGCCUCCCUACAGACAGCUGACAGGUAAACUGUACCUGAUCGACCUGGCAGGGUCAGAGGACAACCGCAAAACUGGCAACCAGGGCAUCAGGUUGAAGGAGAGUGGAGCCAUCAACACAUCACUGUUUGUACUUGGUCAGGUGGUAGAUGCACUAAACUCAGGACAGGCUCGAAUCCCAUACCGUGAUAGCAAGCUGACACGUCUGCUUCAGGAUUCUGUUGGUGGAACGAGCCAUGCCUGCAUGAUUGUGAACCUUGCACCAGAGGAAUCCUUCUACACUGAUACCUACACCACACUCAACUUUGCAGCCAAGUCCAAGCAGAUUGUGAACAGACCAUUUACAAGGGAAAGCAUGGUGAGACCUCGUGAGGUGUUGAAGAGGCCUGCUGAUUCUGUUACUGAUGCAGUGAGCAAGAGGGUGAGGAUAGAGGACCCCUGCACCCCCACCACACCAGCAGUGGUACAGACCCCAGCCAAACCACCAGCACCUUUCCUCAGCCCCUUGCUGAGAAGACAGGACAAGUUUGAAACCAGUAUGGUGGAUCGUCUGGAGAAGCUGGAAACUGCCAUCUUAGCGCGUAUGCGGCGCGAGUCCGUCCUCACGACAGCUAACCGAGCCUCCGUCUGUGGAACUCCCGGACAGAGUCGUGAGGUCCUGCUGCAGAAACUAGAGGACAGCAGAAAACAACUCCGGGAACUAAAGGAACAGCAGGAACAGCAAAAGGCUGCUGUGGACACUUCAAAGGAGAACGAGCCGCCGAUGUCCAUGAAUCUGACCAGCGAUGUGCUGUUCAAGCACAGCACUUCUUUCAUCCGCAGAAAGAAAGCUGCUGACAGUAAAAAACCCAAGGCUGUGGUCUCACCUGUGCGAGCUGGACCACUGAAACCAUUGAAUCUGGACCAGGAGUCACCUGAUGUUCAGUUUGUCAGGAUUAUCAAACCCAAAGACACGGUACAAACUAAGAAGGAAGAGGUCAAGUGGCAACUGGAAUCAAAUCCAGAGCUUCAGGAAAAACAUGCUGCUGGUGUGCUGGAGGUGUUGAACAGUGGUAAGCUGAAGAAGUUGACGUCCCUACAGUGUGUGGGAGACAAGAGGGCCAGGCUCAUCCUAGGCUGGUGGCAAAUGAACGGUCCCUUCAAACAGGUUGAGGACUUGAAAACAAUCCCUGGACUACCGAGCAAGACAGUGGACAACAUUAUCAAGGGAAACCUUCUGUGCUUUGGCUUGACAUCCUGACUUCAUCCCUUCAUAUAGUAGAGACGAAGAAAGGACGAAGAAAAGUGAAAACUGCAAAUCCUCAUAGUCGUAUUUUCCCCAACAAAAUGUGGUUUUAAAUUGUUAAAAAAAAUCUACAUUAUUCUGAAGUUUGUAUGGGUUUUAGAACCAUAUGGUAAAAAUAUGACAUCUCAUCAAUUACUAGUAGGUUGAUUUGAUUUAUUAUGUAUACAUGUACAUAACGUCAUGGUUCCUUGGUACACAUUUAGCUGUGUGACAGAUUAUGGAUUAGCGAGUAUAACAGUUUUUUUAUUAACACACAUGAUUUAUGUGAUAGAGAUCAAUAUACAAACUGUCAAGUAGUAUAAAUUGACCAUAAAUGAGCCAAAAAAAACUCAACUGGUUUUCAUUGUUUAUUUCACUCUGCACUUAGUUAAUGGCAAAUUGGCAUUGCUAUGAUUCUACACAAAUGUGGCUGUUAGUUCAUAGAAAAAGUCUAUAUAUUUCAUACUUUGCAUAAAACAGUUACAUGUGGCCAUAGGGUGUACUUUCUAUAACAUCUAAGUGCAUUCAAUCAUAUUGGUUCAUUUGAUGUCGACUAUACUGUACUGAUGAUCAGGAAUAGUUAUGUAACAAUGUAUAUUACUUUGUCUAAUAAAAGUGCUACACACAGU